AUGUUGGCAACCAGGUCCGUGGCUGGCAGGUUCUUCCACUCUUCCCUCUGGCCUCGAAUUCUCCGUUCAGACUCUGCAUCAACAACUGGCCUGCCUCGAAGUAUUGUAGUUGUUACAUUGCUCAGCACCAUUACCACAAUCCUGUUCGGUCUCACUGCUACUGUCACUCCACUGGGCUUGUAUGAAGGAGUGUCUCCGAGGAAGGAUACCAAACUUGUGGAUUUCCACUACAUCAAAGACACCUCGCCUAUUGGCUAUGGCACACCAGCACGAGGCAAUGUGCGGUUCAGCCGUAUCUGCGGAGGGUUUACUCCCCAGGUAUGCCCUCACUCGAACGGCAAUUUGACCUCGACCGAAAACUCCAUGGGAGAACACGUCAGUGGCGAUUGGUAUGACACCAGAAUCCCUCAGCGUGUGAUAGAUAUGUUCCAAAGCGGCCUUUCCUCCCAGCAGAGCUCUGUGUCAAGUAUAUUCGACAUCCAGUGGCGAUCAUACACCUACUCGAGGAUUGAGGAUAGACCCGAUAACUUGGUAGUAGACAAUGGCACGAGAUACCCCGUGGGAGCUUUUCGACAGAUCUCUACUUUUGUUCUCAACAACCGGAUAGAAGCCGUUGAAGGUUUGGUUGUUGAUACCAAGAACGGAGGGAUUGGUUUCCGGAAUCACACUGCACCUCCUGUCGAGCCAUUCGGGAGUUCCUGGUCUGAAGACCUUCUCUUCAUCGUCCCGGAAACCCAAUGCGUCGACACCAACCUAACCCUGGACUUCUCUAUCCCGCUGAAAAAUUCUGAAUCAAUCAGUAACCAGAUCACCAACCUUGUGUUGACCGAUCGAGGCGGUUUUGCAAAUCUUGUUCAGAAAUAUCCUUCUUGGGACCGCAACGAUACUCAGAGAAAUCCAGAUCUCCGUAAUCGUGCGUACAAGGCCGCCUGGAUCAACAACGUUUGGUCCAUGGCGUUUAUGAACGUAACCAACUUCCGGAAUGAAAGUGAUCCGAAGUCGAAAGCCUUCUCGUAUCUCGACUCAUUCGUCGGCAAGAAGUUUCCACUCCAGUCUGACCACUCAAGUUCGACCACCCUACUCAUUGAACCGGAUAGUAUCAUCACAAACUCACUUUUUGGAUAUUAUCUUAGCGGGACGGACCUGGCUAUCAACGGGACCAAUCUCACUUCCAGCCACAUCACCACUCCAAAUAAACCUCCUCUCUUUUCUAAUCCUUGGAAAAUUGACUCAUUGAACUUCUCCUCUGCUAGCCUUCUUUGCACUGGUUUGGGUGGACUCGAUCUGGCAAACAUAACCAACAUUGCUGCCAGGUGCGGGCUUCAAUACGGUGCACCGCAACGAGUUGGUGCAGGCGAAUCUCUGAUCUUCGACCCGGGUUCCAGCUGGACCGUGCCCAUGUAUUCAUGCGCCUCCACGAUAAAGGCCAUUAUUAAAACCGUUGACUUCCGCUUCAAUGGCACCGAAGACAACCUCUCGUCUCUGACUGUAAUGGGCAUUCGGGAGAAGGAGUAUCCCAACGAAGAGUCCAAGCCACUAUGGGCUGUCGAAAAUACCACGAUGCGUCUCCGUGAUGUCAGAUCAUUAUGGGGUCUGGUAACGCCGGAGAGCGUAAAAGGAGACCAAAACAUUUCCACCAUCAGGAAAGAAUCUCUCUACCUGCCAGGAGGUGACAGCAGCUCCCUUGGUUCCAUCGAUUACCAAAAUCUUCCGGGCCUGAACUUCCACAGUGAUGCUCUGGGGGUCGCCUACGGGGAUGGCUCAUCGAGCUUCAGCGAAAACUACAACGGCAAAAACCAGCUUGCAAUGUAUCGGCUGUGGCAGGAACUUUCCAGAAAUGCCAGUACUGUAGGCAAGAUCAAGGAUCUCAUCUGGACCGAUGUCGCCCUCAACGCGGUCACUGGAACUAGAAGCAUCAGUCCAGACGGGUACAACAAGCAGGUCCUCGCGAAACGUGAUGGUGACCAGGCUGACAAGGCGAAGAGAAUCCCUGUCACUAUUUACGAGAGACGCGUGCAUUAUAAAUACCGCUAUGGUGUAUUGGCCUUUAUCUCCCUGGCGCUGAUCGCAGCGGUGUUCUCCACGUUAAUCCUGCUUUGCGUCCUGCGUCGUACCGGCUUCUCUAAGGCGCGAAAGUACCUUGACGAGACCUCCGUGGGCAGGAUCCUGGCUGCCAGGACGACGAGUUCUGGAGGGCCUGGUGUCCACAGGGCACCGACAAAUACCUGGGUGAAGACAACAGGAAAAGCGCCAAUCACGUUAGGAUCCAGCCAGCCCCCUAAUAAUGGACCGAAUAGUACACCGGCUAUACUUUACCCAGGGGGAUCUGCGCUCGCGGCCAGUGCGGACAAGAUCGAGCAGUCUUCCUACCUCCUUAACAACUAG